AAAACCCCUCCCAACUCACGAGAGAUUGAUAAAAUUUCUAGGGCAAGCUCAAGACUGUUUGUGCUGAUCUGAAACUCCGUCGCCCAAAUUUCUCAAACAAAGCGAAUCGAUGGCGCCUCCUCCUGGACCUUACUCCGGCACCAGCACUCUCGCUCUUGUGGCUCGUGCAUCUGCUUUCUCUUUUGGACUCGUUUAUGGCAGCAUUAAGCUCAAGUACCUCAAGGCUAAGGCAAGAUCUCAAAGGAAAGCUGAAGCAAAGGCUCAUCACUGAAGUAGGGGGAUUCUGUUGGUAAAAGCUUGGUGUAGGAAUAAAGCAUAUCAAUGGUAAUUUACCAGUUUUUCAUUUCGGCUUAUAAAGUUUUUAUGGACCGUGACAUUCUUAUCUCCCA